AUGCAAAAAGAAAACUUCCAAAAUACAUCUUUCUAUUCUGCUACUGCAUUGCAGAUUGUAAAUCUCAGCAUGGUGUAUGCAGUGCCUUCACACUUUAUUUACUUUUUCAGCUACAUGCUUUCCUUGAGUGUUGCAGGCUCUUGCAGGUCUGCUUUGGCUGCUGCAUGUACUGCUCUGUUUCACUUGAAGGAUGUAGUGCUUGAAGGUGGGUUCGCAUUUGAGAAAGCUCAUGGAAUGUCGAUCUACAAGUACAACGAAAAAGAUCCUAUAUUUGGAGAGGCUUUCAAUUUUGCCAUGAGUCGAUGCUCCAUUCUUGUGGUCAAACAAAUUCUCAAGAAAUUCAUGGGCUUUGAGGGCUUGUCAACGUUUGUAGAUGUUGGUGGUGGAAUAGGAGGGACCCUAAACUUGAUCAUUUCCAAGUACCCUUCCAUUAAAGGCAUUAACUUUGAUAUGCCUGAAGUAUUACGCAAUGCCCCAUCUCUUAAUGGCAUAGAACAUGUGGGGGGAGAUAUGUUCAAAGAAGUACCAAAGGGGGAUGCCAUGUUGUUGAAGCUUGUUCUUCACAAUUGGAACGAUGAGCAAUGCUUGAAAAUACUGAAAAAUUGCUACAAAGCCCUGCCGAAAACCGGAAAGGUAAUUAUCAUCGAAGCAGUGUUGCCUGUAGCCCCAGAGUCAACCAACUUCUGCAAGGUGGCAACACAACUUGACAAUCUAAUCAGCUUGGAACUGGAAAGGAGAGAACAGAGCCUGAGUUCAGGGCCUUGGCAAUUGCAGCUGGAUUUUCAGACUUCGGAGUUGCAUGCCGUGUUUGUGCCCAUUCGGUCAUGGAGCUCCACAAAUAAUAAUAAUAAAGUUCCUCUUACUUGCCGCCGCUUGAGUUGGUCCACCUGA